AUGGCCUCCUCCGGCAAGCCUCCUCUGGAUGAUUCCCGCCGUACGCUGGGUUCGCCCAAAAUGAAGUCACGGGAGAACGCGAAAGAUACUCUAUGUCGAAAUGUGACUAUCUAUGGCCGAUGUCGUUUCGAAGAUAAAGGCUGUGCUUUCAAUCACGAUCCUCAGAAACUCAACGCAGCGCAUCAGUCAGACGGUAACAAGAAACGAUUCAAUGUUGAUUCGCCCAGCUUCACUCCUUCUAUUUUAUCCGGCAACGGCUCAUCCGCCCCGAAGAAAUCCAUUAUCUCUCCUAAAGCUGCAAGUGCAGCUCCGUUUCAACCACGAAUUUCCUCAUCCCGUAUGGUGUCUUUUAGUCCCGAGUUGCGAUCUCCACUGACUGGCAAAGGCUCUAACUCGAGCACUCCAAGUGCGGGACAAGACGCAGGAGCUUCCGACUGGACGGUUGCUGAUGUGCAAGAAUUUGUACCCCAAGGUUUCGGUGACCAUGUGAAUUGGUGCCCAUCUGGGGUCAUGCUAGCUAUUCUGUCAGCACUUACGGCAGUGGACCUGAGCCCCAACACUCAAGGCUGGGUAGCCCCAGCAGAGCACGUUACGUCUCGAACCAGGCGAACGCGCCUCUCCAACCCAACCCAUUUCACGCAUUCAUUUGAGCCCCCACAAGCUAACACCUUGCCUAAGGCGUCCCUGCAGGGCAAUGGGAACGGUUCGCUCGCCUCUGCUGCUUACGACCCCUUUGUGACGGCCUCGACUCCUUUGGGCGCAGCAGGUGCUGUUGGAGCUGUUCCCGCCAACCCAUACUCACACGAUGCCGCUGCCGCUGCGCUCAGUGGGGCUUUCUUUCCAGCUCAGGCUGGCUUUCAGCAACCGGCCCAAUAUCACCUCUACGCCCCGAUCGGCCCUCACAGUCAAAAUAUUCUAGGUUAUCAGCGUAACGUCCACGAUCUUUUCCUCGCAAACGACCUUCGAGAGGAAAUGCAGAAGAAGUCUGCAGCCACUUUGCAAGCUCUCCCAAACACUCAACUCCCUGCCCAAGUCGACUAUUUCCACUCUCUAGUGCCACUUGACCUCAGCCACCAGAAGAACGCGGCUACCUUUGGCUAUCCUAGCUGGGUGUACAAAGCCCAAUCCAGCAAGGAUGGCAAAUUCUACGUGCUUAGACGGCUCGAAGGAUUUCGCUUGACAAAUGAGAAAGCCAUUCGAUCCGUCCAGGCAUGGAAACGUGUGUGUAGUGGAAGCGUGGUGACUGUUAUCGACGCAUUUACGAGCCGUAGUUUCCAAGAUAGCUCCCUCAUAUUUGUGACCGACUACCAUCCACUAUCCAAGACUCUUGCGGAGCAGCACUUGGGCGCAGGAAACCGCUUCCAAACUCGCCACAAUACUCCCGUCACUGAGCCGGUUCUAUGGGGCUAUAUGACCCAGAUCGCCAAUGGACUGAAGGCAAUCCAUUCUAAUGGCCUCGCUGCCAGAGUUCUCGAGCCAAGCAAGGUCCUCUUGACGGGCAAAAACCGCGUCCGUCUGAAUGCCUGCGCUAUCUUGGACGUUACUCAAUUUGAUACACAGCGGACCAUUGCCGACCUGCAGCGGCAGGACCUGGUCAAUUUCGGCCAACUGAUUGUCGCCCUUGGAGCAAAUUCUCCCAGUGUAAUGCACAACCCUACGAAAGCCAUGGAGCACUUCACCCGGGCAUAUGGGCCCCAGAUGAAAACCUCUGUCUUUUGGCUCUUGAAUGCACUCCAGACCCCAAGCUCAGCUCAGGAGCACCACACCAUCGAUGUAUUUAUAUCUGGUAUCUCCUCCCAGCUGAUGUCGACGUUUGAUUCCGCGCUACACCUCGACGAUCAACUCACAUCCGACCUCUCUCGCGAACUGGAGAAUGGACGCUUGGUACGUCUAAUGACAAAGCUCAACUUUAUUAACGAACGACCCGAAUACGAGCAUGAUCGUCAGUGGUCUGAGAACGGCGAACGUUACUUCCUCAAGAUCUUCCGUGACUACGUCUUCCAUCAAGUAGACGCCCAGGGAGAUCCUGUUGUCGACCUCGGCCAUGUUAUUACAUGCCUGAAUAAACUUGAUGCGGGGACUGAAGAGAAGAUCACUCUGGUGAGCCGUGACGAACAAAGCUGCUUCAUUGUCAGCUACAAGGAGAUCAAGAAGGCCCUCGAGUCUUCGUUCCAGGCUCUUAUGAAGCCGACUCGACGGAUGCACUAA